GGACGGGGCGUGUUUGCGGCGGAUGCACGCGCUUUAGUACCUGCGCCGCGAGCGCUCCAGACAGUCCGAAGCGGGAGCAGAAGAGCUGAACUUCGCUGCUUCGAAACAGAUUCGAUGCCGCCUGUGAACGACUAACCGCCCGAUAAUAAGAUGUUUACUUCAUCACGGUUUAUUUUACUCCGUCUGACAACUUUACUGUUUGAUGAAAUCUGCCGGGUAGAAGAGUUCGGGCUCGCCGGAGCGGUACCGCAGCCCUGAAGUGCGCUUUGCUCGUCUGUCAAGUAGAGGAGCGCUGGAUCGCCGGAGCGGUACGCCGCCGUGAAGUGCGCUUUUCUUGGCGGCAGAAAAGUCCCAUUUAAUGGAGAUUAAGGACGACGAAGUUCACGGCGCGACUUUCAGCGGCUUUAGCUCUGGAUGAGCUUUCAUAUGGCGUGAGGGAGACACUGUAUGGGCUUCAUUUCGACGCUGAGCAGCGCGUCUCAUUCAUAACCGAAUAAAGACCUGGAGAUACGUGCACAUACCAUGAUAAGCUUCUCUCUGGCUCUCCGGGGCUGGCUCUGGGGUUCAUGCUACGUGUUAUUUAUAGGAUGCAGCCACUAUCUGUUUGACGGGAAUAGUGAGGUGCAGUCGAACUUCAUCCAGCGGAGACUGCGCAUCUCCGAGAAGCGGGAGAUGCAGAAAGAGAUUCUGUCCAUCCUGGGGCUGCCCCAGCGGCCCCGACCGCAUGUGUCCCACAGCAAGUUCAACUCUGCCCCACUGUUCAUGCUGGACCUCUACAACACCAUCUCGGAGGAGGAGGAGGUUCCAAACCCUCACAGAUUCGUGCUGGCCACCGAGGGACCUCCCCUAGCCAGCGCGCAGGACAGCGCCUUCCUGAGCGACGCCGACAUGGUCAUGAGUUUCGUCAGUCUGGCAGAGCAUGAUAUGGAGAUCUCCCUACAACGGCGACACUUCAGGGCGUUCAAGUUCAAUCUGUCCCAGAUCCCGGAUGGGGAGGCCAUGACUGCCUCCGAGCUUCGUAUCUACAAGGAAUGCACAAGUCAGGUCUACGAGAAUGGCACCUUCCUGCUGUCAAUCUACCAGGUGGUCCAAGAGCACCAAGACAGGGAUGCGGAUCUCUUCCUACUUGAGUCGCGGACACUGUGGACAGCAGAGGAGGGCUGGCUGGAGUUUGACAUCACGGCUACCAGUAACCUAUGGGUGAUGAGUCCGCAUCACAACAUGGGCCUUCAGAUCAGCGUGGAGACCAGCAGUGGGAGGAGCCUCAGGCCAGAGGAGGCGGGGCUAGUGGGCCGCAGUGGGGCACUGGAGAAGCAACCUUUUAUGGUGGCCUUUUUCAAGGUGAGCGAGGCACAUGUCCGCUCCACACGGUCCAUCAGCAAGCGUCGCCACCAGAACCGCAACCGCUCCACACAGCCACAGGAGGCGUCCAAGAGUCUGAGCAUGGCAGACUAUAACAGCAGCGACCAGAAGACGGCCUGCAAAAAGCACGAGCUUUAUGUCAGCUUCCGGGAGCUUGGGUGGCAGGAUUGGAUCAUUGCUCCUGAGGGCUAUGCUGCCAACUACUGCGAUGGAGAGUGCUCGUUCCCUCUCAACGCCCACAUGAAUGCCACCAACCAUGCCAUCGUCCAGACGCUGGUUCACCUGAUGAACCCGGAGAACGUUCCCAAGCCCUGCUGUGCACCCACGAAGCUGAACGCUAUCUCGGUGCUCUACUUUGACGACAACUCCAAUGUCAUUCUAAAGAAGUACAAGAAUAUGGUGGUGCGAGCCUGUGGCUGCCACUGAUAUCUAGGGGGCGCUCUCCCUUCACAACGAAAGACUGAGAAGUGAAAACUGCUGCUUUUUGACAGAGGGACUCAUGGUAGACCUUCAACUCUGGAGACCAUAAGGAGAUGAGCCAGAUGCCAUCUCCAAACUGAGGACAAAGCAUGGUGUAGGCGAAUGUAGUCAGAUGUCACUGAAACUACUUGCGUGGGAAGAGCAUGAACCUGGUUACACUCCACUCUAUAGAGAAAUGUAUAUGACUAAUCAAAGCUUGAUCUUAACAUAUGGGCAUCGGUUGACAUUGAUUUCAAAGAAGCAGCAUAAGCAGAUGUACAAUCCUGAAGCAUCCAAUCAGAUCAACUCUGAGCCAGCUUCAAAAUAGAGGAAACUGCUAAUUCAGUCAAACAAAUCUCUGUAAUAAGAUGAAAUAAUGAAAUAUUUACUAUUUAACUUUGAAACUUGAGUUUCCAAAGUAAUUCUGCAGUUUAACAUCGGACCUUUUUCUACGGCCAGCUGUCAGGUACCAUUCUAAACAUAAAAAAACUAAUCAAGCUGCAUAAACAAAUGUUUUUAGGCAUUUUAAGAGACGUUACAUCCUUUUUGUCAAAACCAUUGGUCAGCUAUAUAUAAAUAUAUAAAGAAAAUACCUCUAAGCUGUUUACAUUACUGAAUCUUGUUUAAAUUCUACAUGUAAAUACUUGUAUAUUGUUCAUCUUAUUUAUUGCACCUCAUUAAAUCAUGUCACCUUAUGGAAAA